CAAAGAGUAAUUUUGUCCUCUUUGGAUAGUUUUAUUUUCUGUAUUCAGAAGUCUUGAUGGGGUGCAUUUUUUAUUAUUCAUUCAUUUCUAGCUGGGGUCACUCAUUGUGCCUUUUAAAGUGUUAUUAAUGGUAUCAUCAUUCUAAAAAUUAAGUCUUCAUGCUCCAGUUUUGCUAAUAUUGUCACUUAGCGCCAGAGCAGGCUCAAAGUAUAAUGGGGGCCUUAAAUGUUGAGACGUGCUGUGCUCCCCAAACCAUUUAAAAAAUUCUGUUUAACACUAAUUAGCAGCUAUCUGUGCCCGUGAGUCGCAUCUGUAAAGUUCAUCGGUUUAGCUCUUAGCGCUUCACCUUUCUUCCAAAUAUGGUCGCUUCUGGCUAUCACUUCUCCAUCUUUUAUAUACAGUCUUUGGUCUGUCCAUAUUAACAGACUGCAAAGCAUUCUGGGUGCUGCAGGAUAUUAUUUUUUUGGAGGGGAACAGCUGGUACCAACACAAACAUCCCCCUCUGUUGUACACCACCAGUUUAGUGAAUAAAAAAGGGUAAUUUACUUAUAAAUCCACCUUUUAGGUCAGCUGGAGCAUUAUUAAGGCUGAUUAGUGUGCUCUUUUCCUCAAUGAGGUGAGGUUAUGUUCACCUCACUGAUGUCUUCUUUACCUGCAGUCUAGAUGUAAUCUUGAAUCUGUUCCUGUAGCUGCACCAAAACACAGGGUGAAUAAGAAGCGAACAUAACAAUCUUCAUAGCAUAAUUUUCUAUUUAUAUCCAAGACUGUGUAACGUUUACGUAACCUUUAAUGGUUUUGUCUGAGUGCACCUGAAGCGUCUCCUCCUGAUAUUUGUGCCCCAUAAAUAGAAAAAACGCCGUGACGCAAAGCAGGCCUCCAAGCAGCUCAUCUCCAUACAGCCUCUAGAUGAGAGGAGGCUAUUUAAACCUGUCCGAGCUCUCAGCUCCAACAGAGAUGAAGACGGACGGUGUGGUGCAGACCUUCAGCGGGAGGAAGCAGAGCCUGAUCGAGGACGCGCGCCGGGAGCGCGGAAGUGCCGGCGGCCCGGCAGGCUCCCCGGGGCCCUCCAGGUACGGAGACGGCUUCGUGUUUGAGGAGAAGGACGGCAGGGUGACCCUGAACGUCCUGUUCGCCCUCAGCAGCGAGAAAAACGCGGGCUUCUUCAAAACAGGGAAAAUAUUUGAGACAUUUGAAGCCAAGCUUCUCCACAUCGAGAGCCGAAUGGGGAGGAAGUGUAAGAACAGCACGACGGACCUGGAGUUCUUCAUGAAGUGUGAAGUUCACAGCUCAGACCUGGACGUGUUCGUCAACUCACUGAAGAGAGUGGCUGACGACGUUCGCUGCAUGCCAGAAGAAAAGGUGCCCUGGUUUCCCCGACAGAUAAAAGACCUCGACAGAUGCAACAUGUUGAUCACCAAAUUUGAUCCUGACAUGGACCACGACCAUCCAGGAUACAAUGACCCUGAAUACAGAAAGAGACGGGCCGUCAUCUCUGAGCUGGCCUUCAGAUACAAACAGGGGGACACGCUACCUGUGGUGGAGUACACAGCAGAGGAGAUAUCUACAUGGAGGCAGGUCUACCAGCAGCUGAGGAGCAUUUACCCGAGUUUGGCCUGCAAACAGUUCCUAGACGGCCUGCAGCAGCUGGAGAAAGAGUGCGGCUACGGAGAGGACCGUAUCCCUCAGCUACGAGAGGUGUCGGCCUUCUUGAAAGAGAGAACUGGUUUCCAGCUGCGCCCAGUAGCCGGCCUGCUGUCAGCCCGAGACUUCCUCGCCAGUUUGGCCUUCAGGGUGUUUCAGUGCACGCAGUACAUCAGACACUCCUCUGCGCCCAUGCACUCCCCUGAGCCAGACUGCUGCCACGAGCUGCUCGGCCAUAUCCCCAUGCUGGCAGAUAAGGAGUUUGCCCAGUUUUCACAGGAGAUUGGACUUGCCUCACUCGGGGUUUCUGAUGAGGACAUUGAGAAACUGUCAACGUUAUACUGGUUCACUGUGGAGUUUGGCCUCUGCAAGCAGAACGGGGCAGUAAAGGCUUACGGCGCUGGACUUCUGUCCUCCUACGGAGAGCUUGUUUACGCCCUGUCCAACGAGCCCGAGUACAAGCCGUUUGCCCCGGAGGAGACUGCGGUCCAGCCGUACCAGGACCAAACCUACCAGCCGGUUUACUUUGUGUCUGAGAGCUUCGAGGAUGCAAAGAUGAAACUGAGGAAAUACUCUGCAAACAUCAAGCGCCCCUUCACAGUCCGCUAUGACCCCUUCACCUGCAGCGUGGAGGUCCUGGAUCAACCCAGUAAAAUCCAAAACGCCCUGAGCCAGAUGAGGGAGGACCUCAAGACCCUGCACAGCGCCCUGGAGAAGCUCAGCUCGUCUUAAGACCGGGGGAGACAUUUUUAUAAGAUUUCUCCUCCUUAUGUAGUGAGAUUUGUAAGGCUCCACUGGGCCAUUUAACUGUGUGUAUAAAGUAG